AUGGCAGAUCCACGAGAUACUAAUCAAACGGGAAGUCACUCUUUAUUGGCUAAAUUAAGCGGGCCUGAUUCAAUUUUCGAACAAGAUGCUCUUGAUACAUUAAUAGAAUACAUUACUUUAACCCAAGAUACAAAAGGAGUUUUUGAUAUAUUAUCAUCCUAUUACAUAGGGACACCAUCAAAGAUUAAAUAUAUGAAGCAAUUGUAUGAUUUAUAUGUUAAGGAUGAGACUGAUCCUCAAAAUAUUAUGCAUGAAGUAUUAAAAGAAAUAGUAAUUGAAAAUUAUGACAAUGAAAAAAUGGAUAAUGCAUUGAAAAAUGAUAGCGAGGAUUUGAAUCCUGUUUUAAAGCUUAUUGAUAAACCUUUUUGGCGUAAAACUAUUUAUGAUUUAUCGGAUAAAUAUCCAGAUAGCUAUUUUCUUAAUUCUGUAAUUCAGAGAAUUGCAGAUAAAGGGUACACAGACGAAAUCAAAAAUCUUAAAAGUGCAUCAGCAUAUGUUAGUGUUUAUUCCAAGGUCAUACUUAACCAAUUUAAAAUAUUACUACUUAAAGAUGAUGAUGCUAGUUUAAAUGUAGAAAUACCAGAACUAAUGAAAACUGUUAGUUUAAAUCCCCAUACAUAUAUUUUUGUUCAAGCAUUGAUAAAACGUAUAAUUCAAUCAAUGAACGGGUAUGCUUUUAGAAGAAUUUAUAAAGAAUUAGAAAAGGGUAUUACGCGAGUUAUUAAUAAAGAUCAUGUUCACAUUUUGAGAACUUUAGUUAUGGCACCUCCAGCUCAAAUUUCAUCAGCUAUAGCAAAAAUACCACUAACGCCUGGCGAUGUGGUGGCGUUGCACAAGUCAUAUUCUUCUCCAAAUCCUCCGCCGCCCGUAUUCCUUCGAGAUCCUCAAUUAUUAUCAGCUUUUGCAGCAAGUGCAAAAGAUCUUCCGGAUGGAACGAUAGACACUUCAAAAGUCAAUGACACAUUGAUAACUUUAAAAAAACUUGAAACCACUGUAACAAGAAGAGGAGUUACCGGUGUGGAGUUUAAUUCUGUUGUUAAGGAUUUUCUUGAAUAUAUGGAUAAACCAGUAGCAUCAAUGGGAAUUAUUUUUUGGAUCAGACAUGUCCUUCGGGAUACUUCAUUUUACGAGAAACAUUUUAAACAAAAUGAAGUACCGGUUCCCCAUUUAAUACUUGAGGAGAUCGCUUACAGGCAUUCAUAUCAAAGAAAUCAUAUCUUUAACGCGUUUAAAGGAGAUUUGGAACUGGAUAGUUUGAAAGUAACUCCGGAGAUGAUGUUUUUAAUUCGACAACAAUUACUGGAUAGAUUUCUCUAUUUGGUUCAACUAGGGUUCGUUAUGCAAGUUUUACAAUAUAUGGAGUCAAUGAUUAAAGGAUUAGACGAAAGAUUGUUGUUUUAUUUUGUUAGAAAGUUGAUUCAAAUGAGUGGCCCUCCAUAUAACGACCAGUUUUAUGGCUCGGUUCUGAGAUUACUUGAACCGGUUUCUGUUUUGAUGGAGAGUAAAUUGGAAACAAGACCAUUACUUAAACAAUUUAUUAAUGAUGCACCACGAAUAAAUAAUCGAGAGUCUUUAAAUAUCAUUGACAGAAUUAAAAGAUUGAUCGAUUAA